GGGACAUUGGUACUAGCCAUGACUUUCCUCUCCUACCUGAGACCUGAGAGCUGGGAGCCCUGUGUGGAGGUGGUUCCUAAUGUCACUUACACGUGCAUGGAGGUGAACCUCUACAAAGUGCCUGACAACAUCCCCUCGUCAACAGAGAACCUGGACUUGAGUUUUAACCCCUUGAGGCAUUUAGCCAGCCAUACCUUCUCCAACUUGACUCAACUUCAUGUGCUGGAUUUAUCCAGGUGUGAAAUUCAGAUAAUUGAAGAAGAUGCAUUUCAAGAACUAAAUCAUCUCUCCACCUUAAUAUUGACGGGCAACCCUAUUCAGCAUCUAGCCUUGAGAACAUUUUCUGGACUAUCAAGUCUACAAAAGUUGGUGGCUGUUGAGAUCAAUCUAGAAUCUCUAGAGGAUUUCCCUAUUGGGCAUCUGAAAACCUUAAAGGAACUUAAUAUAGCUCAUAACUAUAUCCAUUCCCUUAAAUUGCCAGAAUAUUUUUCUAACCUGUCCAACCUGGAACUUUUGGAUCUUUCCAAUAAUCAGAUUAAAAAGAUUUAUCACAAAGACUUACAGGUGCUACAUCAAAUCCCCCAACUCAAUCUUUCUCUUGACCUAUCCCUCAAUAGGCUAGAGUUUAUCCAGGUAGGUACCUUCAAGGAAAUUAGCCUCUAUAAACUGACUUUGAGAAGUAAUUUUGAUAGUUUGGAUGUAAUGAAAAUGUGUAUUCAAGGUCUGGCUGGCUUAGAAGUUCAUCAGUUGGUCCUGGGAGAAUUUAAAAAUGAAAGAACUUUGGACAGCUUUAACAAAUCUGCCCUGGAGGGACUGUGUAAUGUGACCAUUACAGGAUUUCGGAUAGCAAACUUGGGGGAAAUCUCAUCACAGGAUAUUAGCACAUUUAACUGCUUGGCAAAUGUUUCUGCUAUUUCUCUGGUGAGUCUUUAUCUCGAAAAUUUUGAAAACCUUCCCAAAGAUUUCAGGUGGAAGUCUUUAGAAUUGGUUAACUGUCAAUUUGACCAAUUUCCCAAACUGGCUCUCCCGUCUCUAAGAAAGUUUGUUUUCACUGCCAGCAGGGAUGGUAACACUUUCGAAGAGUUUGAGCUACCAAACCUUGAGUUUCUAGAUCUCAGUGGAAUUGGCUUGAGAUACAGAAGUUGCUGUUCUAAAGAGGACCUUGGGACAACCAGACUGAAGCAUCUAGAUCUGAGCUUCAAUGAUGUUAUUACAAUGUCUUCAAACUUCUUGGGCUUGGACGACCUAGAAUAUUUGGAUUUCCAGCAUUCAAACUUGAAACAAGCUAAUGACUUUUCAGUAUUCCUGUCACUAAGAAAACUCACUUACCUCGACAUUUCAUACACUGGCACUCGAAUUAUCUUCCAUGGCAUCUUUCAUGGCUUAACUAACCUUCGGACAUUGAAAAUGGCUGGCAAUUUUUUUCAGAACAAUACCCUUCCUGGUAUCUUCACAGGCCUCCAUAAACUGACCUUCUUGGACCUCUCCGAUUGCCAACUGGAACAGGUGUCACAAGGAGCUUUUGAUUCACUCUCCAGACUUCAGAAGAUAAACAUGAGUUAUAACAAACUCUUGUCAUUGGACAUGCUUCCCUACCAGGAUCUCCCCUCACUCCAAGUGCUGGACUAUAGUUUCAAUCGUAUAAUGACUGCCAAAAUGCACCUACUAGAGCCUCUUCCAAGUAACUUAACGUUCUUAAAUAUGACCCAGAAUGACUUUGUUUGCACUUGUGAGCACCAGAGUUUCUUGCAAUGGGUCAAGGACCAGAGGCAGCUGUUAGUGAAAGCUGAACAAAUGGUGUGUGCCAGGCCUUCGGAAAUGGAGGGCGCGCCUGUGCUGAGUUUUGAGAACAGCACCUGUCAGAUGAGCAAGACUGUCAUCGGCAUGUCAGUCUUUGCUGUGCUCAUGGUAUCUCUGAUUUUCAUUCUGGUCUAUAAGUUCUAUUUCCAUCUGAUGCUUCUUGCUGGCUGCAAGAAGUAUAGUCGAGGUGAAUGUACCUAUGAUGCCUUUGUUAUCUACUCCAGCCAGGAUGAAGAUUGGGUGAGGAAUGAACUGGUAAAGAACCUGGAGGAGGGCGUGCCCCCCUUCAAGCUCUGCCUUCACUACAGAGACUUUAUCCCCGGCGUGGCCAUCUCCUCCAACAUCAUUCAGGAAGGUUUCCACAAGAGCCGGAAGGUUCUCGUUGUGGUGUCUCAGCACUUCAUCCAGAGCCGCUGGUGUCUCUUUGAAUAUGAGAUUGCGCAGACGUGGCAGUUUCUGAGUAGUUGCUCUGGCAUCAUCUUUAUCAUCCUGCAAAAGGUGGAGAAGUCCCUGCUCCGGCAGCAGGUGGAACUCUAUCGCCUUCUUAACAGGAACACCUACCUGGAGUGGGAGAAUAAUGCCUUGGGGCAGCAUAUCUUUUGGAGAAGACUCAGAAAGGCCCUACUAGUCGGUAAACCCUGGAGUCCAGAAGAAACUGCAGAUGCAGAGAAUACCCCGCUGGAAGAAACCACUUCGACCUGA